AUGUUCGAGACGUCUACAAUUGGGAUGUUUAAUCCGUUUCAUACGUUUGGUAUGGGCCAUAAGAAUCGGAAGAGGAUUAGUAUAUCUAAGCCUAUGGUUCUGGGAACGUUCCCGGUGGUCUCUACUACGAGGAGGAGGGAGUCUGGGCAUGUAGCGACGGAGCCGUUGGCAGCAGCGUCGGCGUCGGCGGCGGCGUCGGCGGCGGCAGUUGGUCGGAAAAAGGUUUAUUACGAUGUUGUGCAGGAUUAUUUGCCGAACAGUGAUGAGGAGGAGGAGAUUGAGGUGCAGAGAGGGUUUGUCGGACAGUCGUCGGGGUAUUUGAACAUACACCAGGGGGACAUUGUGCAGCUUAUUAACAAAGGACAUAAUAAUUUGCUCUAUGUGAAGCUGGUUAACCGGCUCGGGGAGGGAUUUGUUCCCAGCAGGUGUCUCAGGAUCAAUGAGCAGCUUUCUGGCGAUGCAGGCAGUCUGCGGAGUGAUGCGGCUGCUUCUGGGGGGUAUCCUGGCGCUAAGCUACCGCCGUUGCCUAUUGGCCUGCCGCCACCAACUCCACACCGGGUUAAUCCUGGUAAUCGGCAAAUAGUGGGGAGUAUUGACGGCGAAGGAGGUUCGUGGUGUUCUACUAUGCUUGACGACAGUACGCUUAACAGUGACGGCAGUAAUAAGGACACUGCUCAUGAUGAUAAUGAUACUAAUAAUACUAAUAAUACUAAUAAUACUAAUAAGGGUUCUCAGCUGCAAUCGGGGGUUUCAUGUUACGUGGACUAUUGCAGCGUUAAAGAUAACCGUGUAUGGUACAAGAUUGAGUGUGAGUUGAGUACGGGGCAUCACAGGACCCUGUGUCGUUACUACCAGGAUUUUUAUUGGCUCCAUCUGGAGUUAAUUGAUCGGUUACGGCGGGUGAAUUCGAAUGCAGAUAUUUCUAUUCUUCCAAGGCUCCCAGCACCGUCUAAGAAUGUGACCAAGGAAGGUGUCGCUGCUACCAGGGUAGAGGGUUUUAACAAGUACCUGAAAAGUUUGUUUCAGUCGGAGCAUAUUCCGGAAUUAGUCAAGGUUACCGUCAUUGUGGAUCAGUGGCUGGCUCCGCGAUCUGGGGACCUUGUUAGAACCCCCCAAGGGUACUUGUAUAGGGUUCGUGAUGUCGGCUCAUCUGACGCGCGCGCUCCUGCAGCGGCAGGGACGGCGAACUCGGAGACGGCGGGGAUAACGCUUGAACACCCAGAACAAGCAUGGGAGGUUAUUCCUGAGAAGGAGUCUCCAGGGAUAAUUCCGCAGCCUCCAAACAUGGCAGAGACAACGUGGUUUCCCCAAUCCAACCCGUACCCUACUAUUGCAACGUCUCGGUCAAUGUCUGCCAUUAUUCGCAGCGGCGUUUCUCCUAAAAGCACCAAGACAAUUGAAAUGGUAAAUUCUGCACCGUCUACCCCGCAAUUUUUCGCAAGCUCGAGUUUCCAAUCAUCUGCUCUUCCCUCGAUGCUUGUCUCCACGCUUGUCAAGCCGCCAUCCUCAGUAGGCUCUUCGGUAAACUCCUCUCCCACGGUUGUGCCGUCCGCUCCAGUGGCCCCCUUACAAUCACUGGAUGAUCGGCUCCCACAGCCGAAAAACAACCAUUUGUCGUUACCACAGCCAUUGCCCACUGCUUCUGAUAGCAGUAAGUUUGUCCCGAUAAAAAUGAAGGUCCACUACAAGGAUGACAUCUAUGCAGUGAGAUGUACAUGGGAUCUGAUAUGCAGCUACGAAUCCUUGUUACACAUGAUAUUGCCAAGACUAAGAAAGGACCUGGAAGUGGAUGUUGGUAAACUCCAGUUAUGCAGGCGACUUACUACUGAUGACAAGCAUAACAAGCAUAGCAAAAAAUCAUCAUCAUCACCGUUAUCUACUUCCUCAUCAUGCAAGGAAACUAUUCUAAGCCCUAAAAAUUACAAGGAACUGAUGGCUGACCUCAGAGUCCUAGCGGCGUCUAGUAACAGAACUCCAACGGUUGCGAAUGCAACUGGCAUUGCAUCAAACAAAGCGACUGACUCUGCGGAACAGAACCAAACCUCUGUUGGACAGGGCAGGUUGAAUAUAUUUGUUAGGAUCAAGGCAGAAUAA